ACACAUAGGUACCAUGCAGUGAAGACAGACAUGAACCAUGAAGCAUGAACCAUGGAUGACUGCGACCCAUCAUCCUGUUACGCUUCCCGCAAGCUUGGUUUCUGUUUCUUAACUUCUUCAAUCUCAGGCCUGCGGUCGGUGGCUGCUCCUCUCGCCCUCAUUCGCUCAACACUCACACCCCCCCCUUUCCACCUCUCCCCAAGUCCACGUGCAUGUGUGACAAAUACCUGUUACCUUAGGCAUGGAAAGGAUCUCGACCCCAGCAGAUCAUCCCAUGAACAAGGCUGCUCCACCGCAUGGAGACACCCGCGGAUCGAUCUAUCAGAACCCGAGGCCUUGCAUCAUUUUCACCAACUCCAGCGUCGGGCUUGCAGGGAACACACUGCUCUUUGGGGGUUUCGCCCCGGAGAGGCUUUCCCCCUGCCACAUGGUUGGCAUCUGCAUUUUGACUACUAGACCUAUUUGGGACCGGGCUUUUUUUGGUACGAGCCUAACCCACCUGGUCGUGAUCCAUCCCAUCAUCCCCAUCACACAGACAAACAUGCCAUUGCGCGUGCUGGUAGUAGUGGUGGUGGUGGUAGUAGUAGUAGUUCGUAGUUACCGCCAGCGGCGAAGUGAGAGAAGGAGAGAGAGGGGCCGGGGAAAGCAAGCAACUCACGUUGACCUUUCUGAUUCGCCUCGGUCUCAAUGACUCCAUAACCGCCACUGUCAACAGGGCUGGCUGAUUCGGAAACACUUGGUAUCAUCAUUCUGCAUCGGCGCUGUAGUUUGUAGUUUGUACGGACUUCUU